AUGAAUCACACUUUAAUUUAAAAAUAAUAUCCAAGUUGGCACAUGAAUCACACCACUAAAAUUAAGAAAUUACCUGUUACAGUACUUUGUGGUUUUUUAGGGUCAGGAAAGACAACCCUAUUGAACUAUAUUCUUAAAUAGCGCCAUGAUUGCAGAAUAGCUGUAAUUGUUAAUGACAUGGGAGAGAUCAAUGUCGAUUCGAACUUAAUAAAGGAAGGAAAGUUUAGUGUGAAAAAGACUAAGGAAAAACUUGUUGAAAUGUCGAAUGGAUGCAUUUGCUGCACAUUGAGGUAAUUAUUAGACAUACAGUAUUAGAGAGGAUUUAAUCAAACACAUAUCGAAGAUAGCCAAGUCUGGGUAGUUUGACUAUAUGUUGAUUGAGAGUACAGGAAUAGCUGAGCCAUUGCCAAUAGCCUAAGCUUUUUAUUUUGAAAAUGAGGAGAUGAGAAAGAAGGGAUAGAUGUUGAAGAAGUUCGCUCGACUUGACACUAUGGUCACUAUGGUAUCUUUGAUUAUCUAGUAUUAAGAUUGAUGCCUUGAAUUUCUUGGAGCAAUUGCAAUCGGAUAAAUAAGGAGAGGAAAUGAAUGUAGAUAACAAAUAGAUGGAUUAGAUCCCAUUGUCAUAAUUGUUGUUGGAUCAAGUUGAAUUUGCUAAUGUUAUAAUAUUGAACAAAACAGAUCUUGUGAAUUAGGAGAGAAAAGAGUUUAUAUUGAAUCUCCUAAAGAAACUGAAUCCCAACGCUAAGAUUAUAGAAUCUAUAUAAGGAUAGAUAGAUUUAAAGGAAAUUAUCAACACAAAAUUGUUCAACUUUGAAGAAGCCUCUACAACUGGAAAGUGGAUUACCGAACUCUAAAAGCCAAUCCAUAAAAGUGAGAUUGAGGAAUAUGGAAUCUAAUCUUGUGCUUUCAAAUCAAGGAGAGCCUUCCAUCCUGACCGACUAUUUCAACUCAUAGAAAGAAAUACCACUGAAGAACUAUCAUUUUGGAAUAAUAUCAUCAGAUGCAAGGGAUAUAUGUGGAUAGCAAGUUGGGAAAGAUUGAAUAUCCACAUACACAAGGCAGGAACCUAAUUGACUUAUCAUCCUGGUUCCUUUUGGUGGAUAUCCAUACCCAAGAAGGUGUGGGCUGAUACCAAAGAAGAAGUUGAUGUAUAUUAUAUGAUUAUGUCAAUAGGCCAUUUGGGAUGGACUCAAACAGAACUGGCUACCUGAACCAAUUGGGGAUAGAAGAUAGGAGCUUGUGUUCAUUGGAUAAAAUUUACCAAAAUAAGAAAUUUUAGAUGCUUUCGAGAGUUGUUUAUUAAGUGAAUAAGAGAUGGUACAAUUCUUAUAGAGUGGAUGGGAUAAUGCGAAUGAUCCAUUCCCAUAAGAUUGGGGGAAGUUAGUGAAGGAAUUUGAGGAUCUGGGAGAAUUAAGGGGAAAUGAAGGAGAAUGGGAGGAUGUGUGGGAUGAGGAGGGAGAAAUGUAGGAAGAACAUUAAGAGGAUGUAUCCAUGUAAAUAGAAGUUUAAUAAUAAUAAUUGAUAGAUUGA